GUCCGCUGACAGGUCAGCCAGCUGGUCCAGCGGCUGGUCGAGAUGCGGGUGGUCGCCCGCCGGAUCAGUUGCCUCGCAUCAAGGAAAUGGUGAUGGAGCUGGCGCCGCGCAUGCAUUUGUGCUUGGAGGACCUGCAGGCGAUCCUGACCUUGCUGACGCACUCAGAGCUGAAGCGGUACGCGAUGGAGAUCAUCCCCAAGCUGCAGCGCUGCUUGGCCGAGUCUUAUGAAUAA